CAGAGGGAAGGACCUGUCAGAGAUGUUGGUUGAGAAAAGAGUUGUUGGAAUGAUCCCUUGAUGGUCCUGUCCCAUACUUUUAUUUAUGGACUUGUAGCGCAGCUGCCUUGCCCCCCUGCUAGCGGUGGACUUAAGAUGUAGAAUGACUCACAAACCAGUCCUCUGUGCCUUACAAAUCCCAGGUGACACCAUUUGAUCUGCAUCAACACAUUCUCCUGAUCUCUGCGGUCUCCAUUAACCAGUGGAGGGUGAUGAGGCUGGUGGGGAGCCUGCAGCUUGUUCUGCUGUUGGCCUUCACCUCCACAGCCACAGGCCUCAACAUCCCUCUGGAAGUGGAGCAGCCUCCAACCAUAAUCACUUACACAUCUGGUCCCAUUAUUGCCCUUCAUUUUGACAAAACCAUUACUCUCAAGUGUGGAGCCAGGGGAAACCCACCACCAGAAUACAGAUGGACAAAAGAUGGCAAACACUUUAACCCUCCACAUGUCACGACAAACAAAACACCUCACACAGAUGGCACUUUUGUGCUUCAAAAAAUGCAACUGGUCGAGUUUCGGGGUAAAUACCGAUGCUACGCUUCUAACAAGUUGGGAACUGCCAUGACGGAGGAGAUUGAACUCAGAGUUUCCAGUGCCCCCAAGUUCCCGAAGGAGAUAAAUUUCCCCCUUGUUGUUAAAGAGGGAGAUCCAAUCGUUCUGGUGUGUAACCCUCCUGAAGGCGUCGCGCCACGUCAGAUCUACUGGAUGUCUAUUGGUCUCCAGCACAUUGAUCAGGAUGAGAGGGUUUCCAUGGGCAUUGACGGCAACCUGUACUUCUCUAAUGCCUUACAGAAAGACAGUCGUCCGGACUACUGUUGCUUUGCUGCCUUCACCAGAAUACGCACCAUCGUGCAGAAAACCCCCAUGGCUGUCGUUGUCAAGAGCUUGAAACCUGUCAAUGAAUCUGCUGACAGCGGGAACGCCACUGAAACCCCCACGGUGAGAAUUCCCCGCCUGCUGCUGCCCUCUGGUGUUCAGACUGAGAAGGUGCUGUUGAAGGGAGAGCACCUGGAGCUGGAGUGUAUCCCACAGGGAUAUCCCACACCGAAGGUAACAUGGAUGAAAAUGGGAGACAAGCUGCCUCCACGGACAAAAAUGAACACCCAUGGGAAGCUGUUGUCCAUAUCUGCUGUAGAUGAGAGGGAUGGUGGGAAGUACAUGUGUAAAGCCCAGAACUCUGCUGGAGAGGCUGUCCACUACUUUGAUGUAAUAGUAGAAGAGCCGCCAAAGUGGCUGAUUGAGCCUCCUCAGAGCCAGCUGACCGUGAUUGGGUCUGAUGUUCACAUCAAGUGCUCGGUCAGUGGAAAACCACCGCCAGACAUCACAUGGAGGAGGAAUGGAGAAUUGUUCAAAGAUGACCCAGAGAACAACAGGCGAGUGCUUGAUGACACCGUGGUGCUCCAUAAUGCCAGAUCAGAGGACAGCGCCGUCUACCAGUGUGAAGCCUCCAACAGAUACGGCAAUGUUCUCACCAACAUUAUCAUCAUGGUCAUGAAUAUGGCUCCUCUGAUACUGACAACGAACUUCCAAGAGUACGCUGUAGUAUUAGGUAUGGACAUCACCAUUAACUGCAGUGUUUUCAGCUCUCCACCACCAACCAUCUCCUGGGCCAAAGAUGAGACGCCAGAAACCAUGGAGGGGGAACGAUUUUUUCCUCUGAGCGACUCUUUGCAAAUCAUCAGUGCAGAAAGAAACGACAGUGGGAGAUAUGUGUGCGUUGCCUCUAACAAGGAGGGCAAGUCAACUGUCACCGCUGUGCUGGAUGUGAAAGACCCUACAAAAAUAGUAUAUCCACCUGAGGACGUGCAGAUCAUCAGUGGCACCACAGCCCAGUUGAUGUGCCAGGCUGAGUAUGAUAAAAGCCUGCGGAGUACCUUUGAGGUGGAAUGGAGGAAGGAUGGUGAGGAGAUCCCGCUCUUUCAGGAAAACUCCAGAUACAUUGUGGAUGAUGACAUGCUGCAGAUCAUGAGUGUGAACCUGAGCGAUCAGGGAAUAUACACGUGCAUUGCUAGAACCAGCCUAGAUGAGGACAAUGCCACUGCACUGCUCACCGUGCUGGACGUUCCAGAUGCUCCAAACAUUUUAGAGAUAUCAGAACUUAAGAGUCAGAGAAAUGUGUGCCUGUCUUGGAUACCCGGGGGUGAUCACAACAGCUCUGUAAUAGAGUUUGUAGUGGAGUACGAGGAGAGCCAAUGGGAGCCUGGAAGGUGGAAGGAGCUACUGAAAGUCCCCGGUAACCAGGCAACAGCGGAGCUGGCACUACAUGGACACCUUAACUACCAGUUCAGAGUGUAUGCUGUUAAUGCUGUUGGACCUGGACCCCCCAGUGAGCCCACUGAAAGAUACAAAACACCCCCUGCUGCUCCUGAGAACCCAGAAGACAUCACAAUCCAAAGCCAUCUUCCUCAUCAAUUGGACAUUAGCUGGGAGCCACUGUUGCCCAUUGAACACAAUGGCCCAGGCCUCGAGUACAGGGUGAGCUACAGAAUAGAGGGAGUGGAAGAUGUAUGGAAGGAGCAUCUGGUCAAAAGACACUCCUUUGUCGUGAGGAACACUUCAACGUUUGUCCUCUACGAGAUCAAAAUUCAGAGCAGGAACAGCCACGGCUGGGGACCAGAUCCUAAAAUUCAAACUGGUUACUCUGGAGAAGAUGUGCCGACUGCAGCACCACGGGACAUAGCAGUGGAGGUGAUCAACACCACUGUUCUGCGAGUUAGCUGGACCCCGGCUCCACCUGCCACAGUGAGAGGUCAUCUCGGGGGCUACGGAGUUCACUGGUUGAGGAAACAAAGUUUGCUGAAUCCCAACAAGGUUUUAGAUGAGCGCCAGUCCCUUUCUUUUCCUGGGAAUAAGACUCAUGCCAUUGUGCCGGGCCUCGAACCUUUCUCCGAGUACAGACUCACUGUCAAUGUUUUCAACAAGAAGGGCAACGGUCCACACAGUGACCCGGUCACCUUCACCACACCAGAGGGAGUCCCUGCACGAGUGCCCAUCCUGACUGCCUCCAACGCCCAAAAGAACUCGAUUUUGCUGGUAUGGGGUCCACCGCUGGAGGCAAACGGCAUCCUCGCUGGUUAUCUCCUGCAGUACCACCUCAUUAAUGAGACCACACUGGAGGUGAUGGAUUCCCAGGAGAAGAACAUCACUGGUGCUGACACCACCCAGUGGCAGCUUCAGGGCCUGGAGGAGGGCAGACUCUACCGCUUCCAUCUCAGUGCCUGCACUGGAGCAGGUUGUGGACCUGCGUUGGCCCAGGAGAGCAGCACUGUUCCUCAAGCACAUUUGUCCCCGACUCCAGCUGUGGCCCCUGUUCAGAGCAGCCACAACUGCUCUCUCUCUUUUCCCAGCUCUAUCCCAGGCAAUUCUACUCAUCCUCCUUUAGUUCCAGCACUGUUGAACGUAAGCUCUUAUGUGAGUGACACCUUUGCCAAAAUCAGCUGGACUGUCAGAGAAGAGCAGCAGGACUCGGAGCUUUAUGUGGCUUAUAUGAAUAACCGUGAUGGUAACUGGCGGAUUUCAGAGGCUGUAAACGCGUCUCAAAGUUUCCACGUUAUUGACGGGCUCAAACCUGGGACGGUGUACACCGUGCGCCUCAUGGCCAAGAGGCUGCUCGAUGCCGCUAGUCUUUUCGAAGAUGUUAUCCAGACUCGAUUGAAAGUUGCAGGUGCGGAAGGUCAGCGGAAAAACUUUUCAACCCAGGGAUGGUUCAUUGGGACCAUGUGUGCUGUGGCUCUCCUCACCCUUGUCGUACUCAUGGCCUGCUUUGUGCGGAGAAACAAAGGUGGCAAGUAUGCAGGUACGCCACCGCCAACCCAGCGACAAGACAUGUUCUCCAUGGAAAAAGUGAAAGAGAAGGAGGACCUCCACCCUGACACGGAGUCACAAGGAAUGAAUGAUGACAUCUUCUGUGACGACAGCGACAGCGAAGAGAAGCCACUGAAGGGCAGUAGCUUGUGUUCCUUGCACGACGCGGUGGGGGACAGCGUCAGCAGAGACAGCAUGGUUGACUACGCCGACGGUGGAGGAGAAUUCAAUGAGGACGGCUCAUUUAUCGGAGAAUAUUCCGAUCGCAGGCGAGGAGGCUCUGUUAGCGAGCCCAGUGGACCCAGACCAGUCACCGCAUAAAGCCAGGAUCCAGAUGAAACGGUCUCCUUCAAAUCCUUUCAAGAUACUUUUUAAAUUCAGCUUCACUGGCAUCAAAUAUAGCUUGAAUAGCCAAAUAUGGGGGGAUCAAAAUUACUCAAAUGUGCAGAAGUUUUGCCCAGGGACUGGAAAGGAAAUAUACAGCCACUAUACAGCAUCAUGUGAGUCUUUGUACAUACUGUAAGAGAAUGACCUGUAUCGUUUGAGUUUUUCAAGAUUUUAUUAAAGUGUUUUUUGUACCUAUCGGC